AUGGCUGCACCCUUGUACACCACUGAGUCUGGGCGGUUGUUUCACGCGGGGAAAAUCCUUGUCGUCGCUGUUGGGCUUCCAGCUCGGGGUAAAACACACAUUUCACGUGCACUGGAGCGCUAUCUUAGGUGGAUGGGGGUCACCACUCAAGUGUUCUCCUUGGGUGAUUACAGACGAAAGCGGCUUGGCAGUGCACCAUCUUUACCUCCAGACUAUUUCACGAACGGGCGUGUUUCUUCAGGAGAUAAGUCACCAGAAACCCAGAAACUGCGCCGCGAAAUUAAGGAUGGCUGCGAACAACUAAUACUAGACUUUUAUUCGAAGGAGAAAGGCCAAGUUGCUAUCUAUGAUGCAAAUAAUGCUACCAAACUUAGCCGGCAGAACCUCACAGAGAGAUUCGAAAAAGAAGGCGUGCACAUCAUAUUCCUGGAAUCCUUGUGUGAUGAUCAAGAAACAGUCAUGGCCAAUAUUCGCAGCGUCAAGAUAACCUCCCCUGAUUACAAGAACUGGCCACCCGAAGAGGCCGUAAAAGAUUAUAUGAGCCGAAUCAAAGAUCAUGAACGAUAUUAUCAGCCAAUGGACGAGGGAGAUAAAUCAUAUAUCAAGAUCAUCAAUGUAUCAGAAAGAAUGAUGGUCAACAGAAUUCAAGGCUACCUACAGUCGCGCAUAGUAUUUUUCCUGCAGAACAUCCACAACAAGUAUCGAACAAUAUAUCUUGCGCGAAGUGGCCAGUCAUUGAUCGAACAUUCCUACAAAGCGGAUUCAGAUCUUUCUCCUGCAGGAUGGGAAUACGCUGAACGGUUAAAGGAAUUUGUCCUUGAGCGUCGAGCCAAGAAUCUGGAGCAUCGAAGGAAGAUGGGCUUGCCCGUCGAUGAGAACAAGCUAGUGGUAUGGACAUCAGCCCGACGUCGAUCACAUCAUACCGCCUGGCCGUUUCUACACAGCGGAUACCGUGUGGUCGAGAAGCCUAUCAUGAGCGAAAUCAAUCCUGGCAUCUGGGACGGCCUUUCUCCAGAACUCGCUCGCGAAAGAUACCCCGACGAAUGGGAACGGUUUCUCAAAGAUCCUUAUGCACAUCGUGCUCCUCGGGCAGAAAGUUAUCACGAUCUGAGCGUUCGGUUGGAGCCCGUCAUCAUGGAACUUGAGCGAGAGCAAGACGAUCUGCUUAUCAUAGGACAUGCUUCGGUCAUCCGCUGCCUCCUUGCCUAUCUGAUCGGCCUACCGGCCAGCGAAGUGCCGGCUGUCGAGAUAGCUCGAGGUGACCUAGUUGAAGUUCAGCCUGCAAGUUAUGGCGUGCAUAGUCAAGCCUUUCACUUCUGGAGCGGGCCCGGCAGGAGCCAUGAGAAUGGGGAAGAAAAUGACGGCACAAAUUAUUAUGAAAACUAUGCAGAAGCUACUGCCGGCAAGAGGGUUGCCUCUACAGGUGGGGCAACUCAUAUGGAGGCUUUAGCUUAG